AUGAUUGAAGACAUUGGACAGCGAGGGCAUGAAGUAGAAACUCUAUGGGUCCCGAACCCGCGGGGCCCUGCAGACCAGGAGGACGCAGAGUCCUCCCAGCAGGAGGUGAUGGAGAGGGCCAGAGAGGACCUAGAAGAGUUUGAGUGCCUGGAACUGAUCAAGUGUCAGAUGCAGUUGGGGGUCUCUGAGGAAGAGGAGGGGGAGGCGGAGGAGGAGGAAGAAGAAGGGGAGGAUGCGGGCCUGGUGGAGGAGGCCCAGGCAGUGGCUGCUGGCUGGAUGCUCCAUUUCCUCUGCCUCUCUCUUUGCCGCGCCUUCUGCAACCGCCCCUCGGAGGACUUCCACCAGACCCGCGACAGCGCCGAAGCCAUAAUUCAUGGAUCAUCCAGUAUUACAACUUAUCAAUUAAAAACUACAUACAUAGGUCAGUUUUUGACAAGAAUUGCAGCAGGAAAAUCCCUUGAUGCACAGUUUGAAAAUGAUGAGCCAAUUACACCCUUGCAAUCAGCCCUGAUGAUUUGGGCUUCAAUUGAAAAAGAACAUGACAAACUUCAUGAAGAAAUAGAGAAUUUAAUUAAAAUUGAGGCUAUAGCUGUUUGUAUAGAAAAUGGCAGUUUUAAGGAAGAAGAAGUCUUUGAAAGAAUAUUUGGUGACGCAAAUUCUCACACGCCUUUAGAAAGGAAAUUGCUUAGGAUAAUCUCUCAGAAAGAUACAUUCCAUUCUUUUUUUCAACAAUGCAGCUACAACCACAUGAUGAAGAAAAUUAAGAGUCAUGUGAAUCGUGUGCUUAACGAAAAAUCAUCAACUUUUCUAAUGAAGGCAGCAGCAAAAGUAGUGGAAAGUGAAAAAUCGAGAAAAAUAACUUCUCAAGAUGAACUUAAUGGUAAUGAUAUUGAAAUGGAAACUGAAGUCAAUUUGGAUAAAGUAAAAAGGUCUCACAAGAGUCUCUUCAUAUCCAAAUUGAAACAUGGAAGCUGGCAGCAAGACUUUAAUGAGAAAGAGGAGCGAGUAGGAACUCUUCAAAGUGGAAGAAAAAAAAAAGAAAACAGAAGAGUCACUGAAAGCAAGAGAGUAUAUGUUUCAAAAAAUCAACCCAUAACUCCUAAAAAACAGCGACCUAGGAAAAGACAGGCAUGGCUUUGGGAAGAAGACAAGAAUUUGAGAUCUGGUGUGAGGAAGUAUGGAGAGGGAAACUGGCCUAAAAGACUAUCACAUUAUAAAUCCAACAACGUAACAAGUGUCAUGUUAAAAGACAGAUGGAGGACUAUGAAGAAACUAAAAUUGAUUUGCUCAGACAGUGAAAACUGA